AUGAAAUAUUUGGAUUCAAUAAUACAAGGUUCAUUAAGGAAAGAGUCUUUCUAUUCUUAUAAUGAACUUAGUAAAGAAAUGGAGACCAAUAUUUCAGUCAAUAGUGAUGAGUAAAAGCAAUUGAAAACUGAAAGAUCAAUGUUAAGAUCACAGAGUUCAAGGGAACAAAAACGAGAAAUUAAUUAAUAAACUAAAAUGGCAAUUUUUAAUUUAAUUGAAGCUAAGUCAUUGUAUUAUAUGGAAUUCCAAAAGGCAAAUUCAAAAUUGGAGAAUAUCAAAUCAUUAAAGGAUUAGUAAUAGAAAAAGAUGAUCUCUGAUAAAUUGAUAUAAGACAUUAAAUAUAUCUAAAAGUAACCAUCUAUGAUAAUGAGUUCAGAUCAAUUAGAGGAGAAAGAUGGAAAAUAGAUUUACAAAGAUGUAUUCAAUGUAAAUUUAUAUCUUAAAUAUAUCUAUGUAGGAUCUAAAAAAAUUGGCGGACAACUAUGCAAGUAGAUUAUCAGAGUUUGAAAAGUCAUCAUCGAAUCGUCAAAGAAUAUAUACUUUAUAACACUAAGGGGUGAAUCAGUAAUACAAUGGAAACACAGCUAUCAACAAAUUUAAGGAAUUAUCCAAAUCAAUAUAAAAAUAAAAAGAAUUCUUUUGA